AUGCUGGGGCCUCUUCCAAAUUCUCAUCAACUUUUCAUCUCAACAGUUCUCGCGCCAAUAAAGUGGCAAUAUCAAGUCAAAUUCGAAGCUUCAUACACUUUAAUUAUGUUUGAAAAUAUGAAAUCUGAGACUCUGCUUGAGCGCGGCUCAAUAGAGAUCUUAAACACGAACCAGCCGUUGAACAAUAUCAACAAUGUAUGGCAACUGCCAUUUACCAGCGGCAAGACUGCCACCCCAAAGUCUCUUGAGUCACAAAACGUUCAAUCACACGCUGUCCGCCGUAUCAUACAGACGCCCUCACCAGAAAGCUUCCCGGGUGUCUCGCAGGACCCUCUUCAGGCAGUCAUUGCAUCUCCUACUUUGCAGAGAAAAUCCACGCCGGAAAAUAGCCCGAAUACCUCGCAGAAUCCUGUUCACGCUAAUACUACAAUACCCACUGUGCAGCACAGCCCAGUGGCCUCUUUAGAUUAUUCUGAUCCAAAAAGGGUACCUCGUACAGACCAGAAUAUCUACCGUCAUGCAACAAUUAAACCGGAAUUCCGAGAGCGAUAUCCACAACUUGUCGAUUUUUUUAAGUGGGCUGUGGAUACUGACAAGGAGCUAAGAAAACACACUUCAAAGAUCAACUAUGAGUUACUUUUAUGUGGAAGCACUCCAGCAAACGCAGUUGCCUCGGUCGUAAUUUUUUGCGCUAAAGCCAUUUUCAAUGACCUAAGAUCAUUAUUGGGCAGCAAGCACAUACGUCUACAAUAUCAGCUGAAGAAUCCUUCUUUUUGGGACAAAUUUCAAUUGGCGCCUAGCAAGACUCAUCCACAAGUAUCUGCUACUAUUGUAGUACCUUUCAAUGUCGUCUACUGGAGGGUGGUAAACUCGCCCACCCUACGAAAUUCCGCAAUGGAGCAAGUGGUUGCCAGGAACCAUUCGUCUCUCACAAUGUGUGGAUCAUUGAUAAAGUAUGGUGAUCGUACCUCGACUCUAGGGCUGCUUAUUAGUAUGGACUUUAAGCUAUAUGGUUUGACUGUGGAUCAUUUGUUCAAGGAUCAGCAGGGCGAAGAACAACCAAUGACGGCAAACGAAGCAGAGGUUCUGUAUGAUGAAGAUGACUACGAUGAUAGUGAGCCAGAGUGGUCAUGGAUUGAUGAUGUGAAUUACGAAGACUUUGAUAAUGCCGAAUGUGUUUCGGACGCUGAAUCAGUGUCAUCCGGAGGAUCACAUGCAAAAAUAACCAUGGAUCGCGAGCCGAAUGAAGAUUUUGGUGAAUCUAUAAAUGGCCACAAGGCAGAUUCAAUGUUCAAAACAGAUGCGACGACGGCAUACCUCGACUGGGCCUUGAUAGAGUUUGACGAUGGAUACUAUGAGCGACCUAACGCAUUCUUUUCCGAGGAUGAUCCCACAAAUCCCAAGUUUUUUGGGAUACUUGCGGCAGCACCAAAAACUAGUGAUGUCAAAGUGUUCAUGAUCUCUGGCGUGAGCGGAACAAGAAAAGGUGUAAUGCUUAAUAGAAGCUCCUACAUUGGAGGUAAACCGGGUGAAGAUCUAUGUCAGGCGUGGAACGUAAUUUUAUCUGAUUGUAGCUGUGUCAUUGAUGGAGAUUGUGGCUCACUAAUCGUGGAUCAAGAGACGCUGGAAGUCUAUGGCCACGUAGUUGCAUCAAAUCCGCUUGGCGAGGCUUAUGUAGUUCCUUUGCAGAACACAUUCCACCAAAUUAGCUCCGCUUUUGGAGCGCAAGACUUAUCUUUGCCCAACCCAGUGCUAUUGAUGGAUAGCAUUGUCGCUCAUUACUCCCAGAAAGAUAAUAGUGGCGUGGCAGAUAAGGCUAAACAAAUUCUAGCUUCGAUCAACGAUCCAGUUUCUGUAUCAUCACCAGGCUCUCUAGGUGGACUGAAUCUGUGUUUACUUUCGAAGUUUGCUGUUACCCUCGGAGCUCAAACAGGAAUUGAGCAGAUGUCUCUUCAAAACAGUACUAAAAGCAAACUGCGGAUGAGCUUUUCCCAAGAUCCUCUUUUUGUGCGUUCCGGCCCAUUCCAACCAGCCGAGGAAGUCGUGCCGAUCCAUGCAAAUCGUAAUGGUGGUCAUCGAAAGUCAAAUGUGACUUCAUGGAGUGAAUGGGAAUGGAGUGAGGAUAGAAAGCAAUGGCAAUCUUAUCGCACCAAUUCCAGGGGGGAAACCGAUUGGAAAUUCGAGGGCGACCUACCAACUUCGACCUCAUCUAUCGCUGCAAACAUCGCCAGAUCCGAUGAUACUUUACAGCUGAACACAGUAUCUGAAAAUAAAACUCAAUGUUCGGUUGACCAGAACUAUACAAGAGAUAACAAGAAUGAAAAAGCACUUACUGACUCGCUAACCACUACGGAUUGCGAGCCAGUAGCUAAUCUAGAGUAUAACAACAAUUUUACUGCCGCACUCGAUAACCCUCCGGUGAUGAUUCAAUACCAGCUGGAAAGAUGGAUUUAUGAUACUGAAUAUGAUGUGACAACACCUGCCGAUCGGAUGGAAGGAUAUAACUAUAAACUCUAG